AUGUUCUACCUAAUUAUUUUCUAUUUGGACGAAAGCAACUUGGAGGAAAUAAAGAUUAUGGUCGAUAACAUUCCUUAUGGUCAGGAAUUAUUAUCAUAUUUUACAAAAGAAGAAAAUCAAAUAUUUAUUGCUGAAGCCAGUUGUAAAGUCUACGCUAACGAUUAUGUGCUGGAAACCAUAAUUUAUCCUUUAAUAAAUAAAAUGCAUUUCAUACAAGAAACCGUAAAUCAAAAAGCAGAAAGCAAAAUUAUUAAAAAGAAACCAGCCACUGUCCCAGAUGAAUUAAACGUAUUAAAUCGUCCAAAACGUAUUACAAGAGUACCUCCCAACACGCCAUUACCACCAUUUGAAUUUAAAGCAAGUGAAAUUCCUAAAUCAAACUAUGUAGUAGAUGUUAAAAUUCAAAAAAACUUGGAAAAGAUGCAUGAACAAAAUCAGAUCAACGCCAUAAGAUUACUAAAUGCGGCGAAUAAGAGGUUGCAAUCAUUAUCCAAACCAAAACUUCCAAGAAUUAAAAAACCUCUUAAGCCCAGUAAACCCUUUCAGGCUAAUAAACCUCCCAUUACAAGGACCGUUAAAGUAAGAAGCAAUCUAACGUCUACGUUAAGAGAAGCUUGCUUAUAUAUUAAAGAACAAGAAAACGAAGUAAAGAAAAUAGAACAUUUAAUUAAAGGUGGUUUGUGCAAAGAAAAUAUUGAAAAACUGGAAGUUGAAAGAAGAAAAAAAGAAGAACAAUGGCAUUUAGAAGAUAUCGAAAAAAAACACCUUCAAGGACAACUCACUUACGAGGAAGCUAUAAUAGCCAAAAAAAGAUUGGAAAUUUCCAAUCAAGAAAAAAUUGCAAAAAUGAAGGAAGAAAAGGUCAAGGUUUUCGAAGAAUUAGACAAAUGGAAAGAGGAAGAACAAAUAAAGAUAAAAUCAAUUGUCGUAAAAAUUCAAGAUAUUCAUAAAGCCGCAAAAGAAGCAGAGAAGAAAAUGCAGGAAGAUAAACAAAGUAACGCUAGAUUACUACAAUUUGAAAGUAAACAACUCUUGAAGCAAUAUUAUGAGGAAAAACAACGAGAAUUGGAAAAGAAAAUGGAACUCAUACAAGAAAUAAGAGCCAUGGAGCAAGUGAGAAGCUCUUUAAAUGUCAAAGAGUUUGAUCCGACAGAAUCGCCAAACUAUGGUUUAUUAUGUGAAAUGUCCAUAGCGGAGCUACAAGAAAGAUUAGUGCUGACUAAUUUAAAAAUGAAGCAAGAUCUGCAGGAAAAACGAUGUAUGAUACAGCAGAAAAAGGAAAGUCAUGAACAAAUGAUAGCUUUUGCAGAUGAAAUGAGCUGCUUACUCACUUCGUUGCGAUUAUUUAUAGAAAAUCCGCGACCAGACUUCGUUCUCUACGCGAUGUUCGUAUGA